AUGCAACUUGAAUCUAAAAUUAAUAAUAAUAAUGAAAAUUUAAUGAAAAAUUCUAAAUAUCAAUUCAAUUUAAGUGAAGAAAUUUCUAAAAAAACUGUAAAAAAAAGUGUAGUUGAAUUUAUUGCUAGAAAAUUAAUUGAUUAUUUUAAAGAAACUAAAGUUUAUAAUAUUAUUAAAUCAAUAGGUAAAUUAAAUAUUUCUGAUAGAAGAAUAAAAGAAUACCAAAAUCUUAAUCUUCUUUUAAAAAUAGAAAAAUAUUUAAAUUAUAUUAAAAAAUUUGUUACUAUUAAAAAUUUUGAAAAUGAUUAUUUAACUCUUAAUAAUAAUAUUGAUGAAUUAUUUAAUAAUUUUUAUAUAAGUUUAGGAAUGAAUAUUAAUCAAAAAGAAAUUAAUUAUAAAAAUAAUCAUAAUACUAAUAACAAAAAUAAUUUUAAUAAUAUUAAUAAUAAUACAUAUAUUAAACUAGAACCAAAUAAUCAAAGUAAUUUAGUACACAUAUCUAAUGAAAUAGAAAUACAUUUAGAUAAUAAUAAACAACUUUAA